UGUUAUUCAUCAUUUUCUCUAAAAGGAAAAUAUCGUUUUUGCUCUGCUACAAUUCUGACUCAGUUCUCGCCAUCCAAACAGAAGAUUCUCUGUGAUAUUAUCCGCUCAAAAUAUAUGCACAUAUAUUAAUUUGAUUGCAACGGCAACAGAUUUUGAAGGAGGCAAUUGCUAUAAUUAAGUAAACCGGUAGAUCGAAGCGGCCGGAACUGGAAUCGAGUAUGGAGGAAAACGCCGACAGAAAUAGAUUUGGCGAUCGGAUACGACAUUGAGAAGCAACGAAUCCCCCAGUUAAACCACUUGGAGAGGCGACUCAAAUGACGGUGAGCGAAACCGUUGGUAGCGAUGAAGGGUUGGCUUCAUUACCGAUAAAUCCCUCGUCCCCGAUGACUCCUUCAUCGCCUAUGAAUCCUUGCUCGCCGAUGAUUCCUUGCUCGCCAAAGAAUAGGCUAAAGUUUCUUUGCAGCUAUGGCGGGAAAAUAUUGCCCAGAUCAAGCGACGGUAAACUCAAGUACGUUGGUGGAGAGACUCGAAUGGUGGCGGUCCCGGGGGAUAUCAAAUUUUCAGAAUUGAAGAAGAAGGUGAACGGUAUGGUUGAAGGCGACGUGAUUCUGAAGUUCCCGGUUAUCCCUGAAGAACUUGAUGCCUUGGUAACUGUAAAAUCCGAUGAGGAUGUCAAACAUAUGGUUGAUGAGUAUCAUCGUCUCGAAAGUGAAGGAACUCCGAAACUACGUGUUUUUUUGUUCCCUUCGAACCCGAUCGUAGUUGAGAACCAGACGAACCCUGCCGAUCCCUACGCCAUCGAGCAGCGGUACAUAGAAGCCAUCAAUGGCAUACCUCGUCCGAGUUCAAAUAACACUAGUGGAAGACAAACCCCUGUCAACCCAAACCGCUCCAAUUUCAGCAUCUCUGCUUGCACUUCCCCUAGAGCAGCUUCUCCGGAUGCUAUGGCUAGCUCUUACCCCAUGGAGCCAUCAGUUUUAAGUUCAAACCAACAUAACAAACCCCCCAUGCCUAAAGUCCGCAGUUCUCCUAGCCUUUACAACCUCCACCUGCAAAGUAAUAACAACCAUAGUAAUCACCAAGUUUACCAGCAACAUCAUCAUUAUCAACAAAACCACCAGCAACCACAACCCUAUGGCAUCCAAUCUCCAAGAACAUCCCCAGAUUGGCCACACGACUUCACAAGGGGCACCAUGGGGCACGGUCAUGUUCCGGUAAACCGAGUCUAUCCGGUAGGCAGACAUAACAUGGGGAAUGGAUACCAUGGAUGUCCUUGCUGCUGCGAUGACUGCAUGGCUUAUCCAAGUGGAGGGUCUUCUAGGAGAGGUAGCCCUUCUACAAGUGGAAGGCUCGAUAAACCGGAUAGUCCCAGUCACAGGAACCAUAUGCCGGAAUAAAGCAGCGGAAUCAAUCAAGUAGCAUAUUGACCAUCAGACCGAAGAACUGAAAGAUAGGUACAUAAUCUUUAUACUUGGGUUAUUUGCUACCCAAAGAAGGGUAAGACGGUAAAGAAGGAUCUUUUAUUUCCUUCCUCUAUACAUAUCUGUGGUGUGAGCUUUCGUUUUCCAUUUAUCCUUCGUUUUGAAACUUGAUUCAUAUAAAUUGCCAAGUUGAAGACGAGAUUUAUAGAUUUGUGAAAAAAAAUUAUGUACAUUAUACGAUACAUAUAUCUAAAGAACCGACAGUUGAAAC